GAAAAAAAGCCAUGAAAGAGACUAUUGGCAACAUCAAACUUCUUCAUGCACAAAACUUUGAUCACGAUCAUAAGAAUAAUAAUAACUACAUGAUGAUGGUACCACGAUGGUUGAUUGUUAUGUACAAGACAGUAUUCUUCAGCAGAUGCUUAGUUCAUCCAAAUUCAAAGAAGAAUGAUUCUGACCAUUUCUGCAUCGAUUGUCUUCGCCCUCUUUGCUUCAAUUGCCUUCCUUCUCAUUUGUCUCACAAACAUGUUAAGAUUCGGAGGUACAUUUACAGUGACGUGAUCAAUCGCCAAGACUUGUGCAAACUGUUCAAUUGUUCAGGCAUACAGACAUAUCAUACAAAUAAAGCCAAAGUGGUAUUCUUGAAGCAAAGGCGUCAACAAGUACAACAAGUAAACAAUAACAAUAAUAAUAAUUUAGCUAAGGAAUACAAAUGCAUCAUCUGCCAUAGGAGUUUGCAGGACAAUUCUCACUAUUGCAGCAUAGCUUGCAAGGUAUUGGCUAUACAUGGAGAUGAGCUUAAGAGAAGAAAAAUAAGCUGUAAUAAGGAGAAAGAAGAUCAGUUACUUACAGCUUUAUCAUUUCCAAAUAAGAGGCAAAAAUUAAGAAGAAAAGGAAUUCCUCUACGGGCUCCUUUGUUCUGAGACUUCAUCUGAUCCAUCUUCUUCAAUAGUUUC